UUUGAAAAUAUUAAAAAUCGAUGGGAAGUGGUGAAUUGUGUAAGAAAUUUGAUUCAAAAAAGGCCAUAAUUCUUGGUCUAGGCAAAGCCUUGCCUCACCAGCUAGUGCUUCAAGAUUUCUUGGUCGAUGCCUACUUCAAAAUCACCAAUCGCCACGAUCCUGAUCUCAAGCAGAAGCUUGUCCGCCUUUGCAAGACGACCUCGGUGAAGACGAGGUACGUGGUGAUGUCGGAGGAGAUCCUAGCGCAGUAUCCCGAGCUGGCCAUGGAAGGGGUUCCGACGGUGACGCAGCGCCUCGACAUCUGCAACUCGGCCGUCACAGAGAUGGCCAUCGCUGCCUCCAAGUCUUGCAUCGAGAAAUGGGGCGGGGCGGCCUCUGACAUCACCCACUUGGUCUACGUGUCCUCCAGCGAGGCCCGUUUGCCAGGUGGAGAUCUCUUCCUGGCAAAGGGGCUGGGCCUCAGGCCCGACACCCAACGAGUCAUGCUCUACUUCUCAGGCUGCUCUGGUGGGGUGGCGGGCCUGAGGGUGGCCAAGGAUAUCGCGGAGAACAAUCCGGGUAGCCGUGUGCUCUUAGCAACCUCUGAGACCACCAUCAUAGGCUAUCGGCCCCCUAAUGCCGAUAGGCCUUAUGACUUAGUGGGAGUUGCUCUGUUUGGGGACGGAGCCGGAGCUGUCAUAAUAGGGACCAACCCUUGUGUGGGGAGUGAGACACCGUUGUUCGAGUUGCAUUCGUCGUUGCAGCGCUUCUUGCCCGAUACAGAGAAGAUAAUAGAUGGGAGGCUAACAGAGGAAGGGAUAAGCUUUAGGCUAGACAGGGAGCUGCCCCAAAUCAUUGAGGACAAUGUGCAAGGUUUUUGUGAUGAGUUGAUGGGAGUCUCUAAGGUUAAAAUGGACUAUAAUAAAUUGUUUUGGGCCGUUCACCCCGGGGGCCCGGCUAUUUUGAACCGGAUGGAGAAAAAAUUGGCGUUGUUGCCGGGGAAGUUGAGUGCUAGCAGGAAGGCAUUGGCCGAUUACGGCAAUGCCAGUAGCAACACAAUCGUUUACGUGUUGGAGUACGUUCUAGAGGAGGCGAAGCGACGGGGCGAGAAGGAGGGAGAAGAGCAGUGGGGAUUGAUCCUUGCGUUUGGGCCCGGCAUCACCUUUGAAGGGAUCCUUGCUAGGAGUCUCACUAUAUGAAGUGUGUGAAAAAAAAUUAAAAUUAAAAGGGUCAUGAUAUUGUUGG